UCCUACCAGUCGCGGCCGAGAUCGGGAAGUGUCAAGCGGGUGCUGGGUUCCCCCGCCUUCGCCACUACCACCGCUGAUCCCGGAACCCCUAGCCAGUCCCGGGCCCAGCCGCAAUGACGAACGUGUACUCCUUGGAUGGGAUUCUCGUGUUUGGUUUGCUCUUUGUUUGUACCUGUGCCUACUUCAAGAAAGUUCCUCGUCUCAAAACCUGGCUGCUGUCAGAGAAGAAGGGAGUUUGGGGUGUGUUUUACAAAGCUGCUGUGAUUGGAACCAGGCUGCAUGCUGCUGUGGCAAUCGCCUGCGUCGUCAUGGCCUUUUACGUCCUGUUUAUAAAAUGAAUUCUAAAGCAUCCAUCUCAUCAACUGCCAACCAAGGGGACAAAGGUGAAGAACCUGUUGGUGGCCUGAGCCCAGCGUAGGAGAGCUCAGCUAAAAUCUUGGAAGUCCCCAGUAUGACACCACAGCACCUGUCCCCACCAUAUGCAGGGAAAACUCCUUGUGGUUGCAAACAUUGUUUAUGCUUCAGGGGACUCCAGAAAGCCAACCUCCUUUGAUCUGUGUGUAAAUCAAUCCUCGGCAGAGAGCAUAUAAUAUCCAGAUAAAUUAUGUCCCUCGGCAACAUUUCAUACCUCCUGUGUAAGAACCUGUCACAUAUUUUAUUCCACAGCCCUCAUCAGGAUCUUUUCAAACUGAGGCUCAUUAGGGAAGGACAUAAGCUGUGUUCAAAUCUCUUGGAAGGAGAUAAUUUUCAGGACUUGACUUUUGUUUUUUAUUGUUUGAUUUGGAUUUGGCAAAUUGGCGGGGGGUGGGGAGACUGGGUAGGAAACAGGAGUUAUGUACGAUGCCAAGAAAUUUUUUGGCUUUGGACAUUCAUCUUUCAUAUACCCAUCUGGGAACAUAAGAGAGAGGCAUGGUCCUCAUUGCAAAAAAAGAACAGAUGAAAAAGCUGUGCUGUGUGUGGGGAGCUGGAGAGUUUUGCCAAGAGAAUCUGGGCUACAUAAGAUUUGGGAGUUACCUGUCUGUAAUGAGACCAGAAAGCAGUAACUCAGACAAGAAAAAAAUGUUCUGUUCACCAGUAUCCCCCAAAAGGAGACUUUACUCCAUCAAAUGGUAUAUAGAAAAUGAAUCCACUUGUUAUUUUCCUAAAGCCUUUUUAUAUUUUGUCAAUUACUGAGUGCUAAAUACUGUUACUCAGUUUUAAAUGCCACCACUAGGGGAAGGAAACAAGUGAAGAAACAAUUGUUUAAUAUAUUUGCAGUCGUAGAAGAAAUAAAUCUAGUAUAUUAAUUCAUAUACUAGUAAAGUCAUCUAGUAUAAGAAUUUAUUGUGAUGUUAGAAGUUUUUUCAUGUUACCUAAGAUACAAACUUAUUUGUUUAAACCUGGGUCAUUAUGGCAAUUUUUAGUUGAUUACUUGUUUUUCUUGGCCAGCUCUUUCUUAAUUUUCUUCAUAUUUCAGUACUCUUUAGCUGUCUCUUGGAAAUAUAAGAACAUGAGAAAUUUGAGUAAGUGAAAGAAGUUGCUGAUAUUCAUAGGCAUGUUUGGGCAGUUCAUUGAAUCCAUGAAUAAAAUGAGGGUGUUUCUAAAGUAAAGGAAAACAAAGGUUUGCAACUGAGAUUGAUGGCUUUUCCGUGGAGUAUGGUAACUCCUGAGCAAAUCAUAUUAGAUGACUCAACAUUUAAAGGGAAGACUUCCCCAUUCCCUCCUCCUUAUAGCUGCAAAAGAAUCAACUUACAUUUAUGAAGCCUAAAACUUGGUUAUUUAAAAAAAAAGUUGGUUUAAAAUUAAAUUAUUGUAAAAAGCAAGCAUGGACAUAGGUCUACCAGUUGAAUUGUCCAUUAAAGUAAAACUGGACUGUGGACAAGUUAGCUGUGGUUUUACCCCUGUGUGGCAGUAAACGGUCUUUUGUCUUACUCCAAAAGAAUGAAGGCUGCUAAGAAGUUUAGGUUCUGAAAUAGGCAGUUCGGUGCUUUUCUAGAAGUAUAGAAAGUCAUCAAGUAAACACUACAUAUCUGAUCAUCUCAGAGUUGUGGCUGUUCCCUCUUCAGGAUUGGUCCACAGGGUAAAUUUCAGUGAUUCAUAUGUUUUCCAUGGUCAUUUCUGAGGCUCUUUCGCAUGAGAGAAAGGAAAGCUAUUGGAAUGGGAAGAAGAGUUACACCGCAUGGGCGUGAGUUUGGGACCUGUUGGCCAAGCGGACUGUCACUCCCUGGAAAUACAGGUUCAGCAUGUUUGCACUUGUUAUUUUGUAGCUUUAAUGACUUGUUUUCUAAUAGGGCUAAUUUCUCUUAAGUUUGGUGCUUAGAGCUGCUUCAUAGUUUAAACUAGUUCCAUUUCACAAUAAUAGUUAUUCAAGCAAUUUUUUACAGCCUCCUGGGUGGGUUAUCUUGACCAAACUCUUGAAUUGUUAUAUUUUGAAAUGUUUUCAUACCAGAAUGUACCAAAAAGUGCACAGAGUGAAGGUAAUUUACAGCAAGCAACAAAUACACAUCUUAUUUCAUUUGACUUUAUGUAAACAGAUAAGCAGAAACCUGUUUAACUCAUUACUUUGCUUGAUGUGUCAUAUAUUUUUGACUGAAAAUUGUAGAAGUUGUUCCCCUAAGAGAAUUUUUUAGGGUGGAAGAAUGGGGAUAACAAUUAUCGCCUCAGAUUCAAACUGGCAUCACCAUAAACCCUAUAUGCCAGGGUGGAAGGAAGUCAGCUUUUUAUAGUUGAAAUACAAUUUUUUAUUCACCAUGGUCUGCACAAAUCCUUGAAAAUAAAAACUGCUUUCCCUA